UUUGUCCCGCUGCUAUUCGUGCAAGCAAACAACAUUCACAUAGUUGUGGUGGUGGAGCCCGGCAAUGAUGUGGCCAGGACGAUAAUUCCAGAAGCUCUCAAGAAAAUGGGAAACGUCACUCAUGAAGUAGUACAACUCACGGAGGAAGCUACUGUUAUGAGCUUAUGUUCGCAAGUGUUCGCGACCAGUCCUCCGACGGUGCUGUUGGAUGCAGUUCGGGAGCCCGGCAGUACCAUAAGUCGCUUGUCGACGGUCGUCCGAGAGAUGGCCAGAAAGAUGGGCAUCCCGACGCUAAGCCUAACGUACGGCUGGCACAACGAUUACGAGCUGAGCGGAUGGAACGGUCUGAGACUGCACGAAAAGGAGUACCUGGUACACGUCACACCGCCGGGAGACAUGUACACGCAGGUCAUACGCGACCUGUGCGUUCACAUGGACCUCAACACUGCAGGCAUCCUGUACGACGAGACUGUCAUUAUUGACCACAAGUAUGCUCGACUGUUGGAGAACAUCCCGACGCGGCACAUCAUGAGAAAAGUGGAAGACACGUAUGAAGACUUGGAGAACAAAGCAAGAAUGAUGCACUCGACGGACGUGUCCAACUUUUUCGUACUCGGCACCAGCCGGACACUUAACAACGCGCUCAAGUUGGCACAACGCAGGAAGUGGAACAACAUGCAGUUCGCCUGGUUCCUCGUGUCCAAGGAGAAUUAUUCGCCCAAGUGCGAAGAAUGCAUUAACGUAACUGCACUUGUCAUGAACCCAAUGCCCAGCAACAAGCAGCUGGACGAAGCGACACGGAGAGAUUUUCCGUCGCCCUUCACGGCACAAAUUGACGUAGCCUUCUACGUGGACGUCACCCGAAUGGCGGUACAAGCGAUCACGGAAGGGCCCUUCCCAGUGAAGCUCGAUUACCCACAAUGCUCGGCGGAUCCUGUUAUGACUAGCGCCCACAUCCAGCAACGGUCCGAGAUAUCCUUCCGAACGGCCAUGACUCAGAUGAUGUAUGAAGGCGCCUACGGAAAAGUGAUUCUGCGGGACUCAAAGCACAGCUUCCAGGAGAUCAUCAUGGACUUGUACAGGUUCACAUUCCUCAAGGGACAGCAGCGAACUCCUAAAAAGGUAGCGCGUUGGAAGUACAGCGACCCCACGGGGGUCUUCACCAUCGAGCAAGGAGUGAACCUUAAGUCCUUCGCGGCCGUCACCGUGUUUCGCAUCACUACGAUCGUCCAACCCCCUUUUGUGGUACGGGUGAAUACGUCGGACGGCGAGGAAAAAUUUACCGGCUACUGCAUCGAGCUCAUCGAUGCCAUCAAAGAAAUCCUCAAGUUCGAGUACGUCAUCUAUGAGGUGAAAGACAAGAUGUUCGGCUCGGUCGACAAAACAACCAAGGAGUGGAACGGCAUGAUUCGAGAGCUCGUCGACAAGAACGCAGACAUCGCUCUAGGUCCCAUCUCCGUGAUGGCAGAGCGCGAAACAGUGGUGGACUUUACGGUACCCUACUACGACUUAGUGGGCAUCUCUAUCCUCAUGAAAAAACCGCACGUCAAGCCGUCCCUUUUCAAGUUCCUGACUGUGCUCGAGGCCAAUGUCUGGGGAUGCAUUUUAGCUGCCUACUUUUUCACCAGUUUCCUCAUGUACCUGUUCGACCGACUCAGCCCAUACAGCUACCGGAACAACAAGGAAAAAUACAAAGACGACGAAGAGAAACGGGACUUCAACCUCAAGGAGUGUCUCUGGUUCUGCAUGACCUCGCUGACGCCACAAGGUGGAGGCGAAGCCCCGCGUAAUUUGUCGGGAAGACUAGUGGCCGCUACAUGGUGGCUCUUCGGAUUCAUCAUCAUUGCUUCAUACACAGCCAAUCUGGCUGCAUUCCUCACUGUGUCUCGACUGGAUUCUCCCAUUGAGUCCCUCGACGACCUGGCCAAGCAGUACAAGAUCAAGUACGCGCCGCAGAAGGACACUUCUUCAAUGACUUACUUCGAACGCAUGGCGCAUAUCGAGGACAAGUUCUACGAGAUAUGGAAAAAUAUGUCUCUGGACGAUACUCUAAGCGACGAAGAGCGAGCCAAGUUGGCUGUCUGGGACUACCCAGUCAGUGACAAAUACACCAAGAUUUGGUGGACCAUGAAAGAAGCCAACAUGCCCACUUCCUUCCAGGAGGGCGUUAUGCGUGUUAAGGAAUCCAAGGGUUCACAAGAGGGCUUUGCAUUCAUUGCCGAUUCGACUCAAGUGAAGUACGCGACCAUGACCAACUGCGACCUGGUGUCUGUAGGCAGCGAGUUCAGCCGGAAACCCCUGGCGCUCGCGGUUCAGCAAAACUCUCCACUCAAAGACCAGCUGUCCAGCGCCAUCCUGAAGCUACUGAACCAGCGACGCCUGGAGGGCCUUAAAGAAACCUGGUGGAACAAGAACCCUGCCAAGGUCACUUGCGACGACAGCGAACGCCAGAGUGACGGCAUCAGCAUCCGGAACAUCGGUGGUGUGUUCAUCGUCAUCUUCAUCGGCGUCGUUAUGGCCUGCAUCACUCUUGCUUUUGAAUACUGUUACUACAAGAACCGCAAAGGAAAUUCCAAGGUGGUGGCAGUGAAGGCCUAUUCUGGCGCACCGGGCCUCAAGCGGUGAAGCAGCACCUCCGGGGACUUCUACCUGCAAUAUUAUAGUUUAGCAAGUACGAGCUGAGUCCGUGUCUACUUACUUGUGAAUGAGACCACCAUGAGAACACCCUGCUUUAUGGACACGUAAUUCAGUCGGCGAUUUCGAACAGUGAAAGUGCGUUUUUCUUUCUUUUCUUUUUUUCGUGUUUACACGCUUAAAAAUGAAUUUCACCA